AUGACACUCCUUUUGAGAACACUUGCCUUGGCGUUUAGCAUGGGUUCUUACGUCUUGGCCUCUGCCGGAGGAAGUGGCAGUGAAUUUCUUGUUCAGAUCGGCUCAUCCCUAAGAGAUACUCAAGUGGCUGUGGAAGGACACGAACAUAAAAUCCGUGCUCUUUGUUCAAUGGAUCAAAUUCCUGAAGACAAUUUUGAGUUUGCUGAAAAGAUUAGCUCUGAAUUGACUGGAAUCUCAACCAAUUUAACCAAUUUAAAAAAAAAGUUUGAUAAUUUGACGGCUCCUAAUGAAGCUCUUGUGACUCCUUUGAAUUUGACCAUCAAUGCGACCACUGGGAUCUUGAAUUCUUUGAUGAAUUCAUACAACCUUGUUACAGCGCUACUUGGUCCAGCGAUGAGAGAGAAAAACGAAGUGGACUUACCCGCCAUCUCAUUAGCCAUGACCAAAGUCUUGGUAGAAUUAUUUGCCAGAUUCAAGUUAAACAUUCGAAGUGAAAUCCGUAAAGGAAUCGAUCUCAACGCAUUUGAGAAAGCUAAAUACGAUUUCAACAAUAUCGCUUACCUUUUUAUGGAAUAA